AUGGCUCUGUACUCUCCGCCUCCGCCGGCCCAGCCCUUCAGUGACGCCAAACCGACGCUGCUGGUUGCUUGGUGGAUUACGAUAUUCUGCACAUGUCUGACGCUUUUACGUCUUGCUGGGCGCUUUAUUCGAAUCGAGAAGCUUUUCCUCGAAGACAAAAUCGCCGCCUUGUCCUUGGUGCCGUUGUAUUUGCGCAUCGCUUGCACCCACGUCGUUCUCUUAUAUGGCACGAAUAAUGCCUUGCUUGAUGCCGCAGUUGUUACUACAGAAGAAUUGAACCGAAGAGCCACGGGCAGCAAAGUGGUUCUCGCCGGAAGAAUAUUUUAUGCCGCUACAUUAUGGACCCUCAAAUUUACUACUCUCGAAUUUAUGAAUCGACUGGCCGGCGCUUCGAUGAAGAAGAUUUACUUGAGACUAAUCAUCUUCUUGCGCUAUGCCCUUGGAGCCACGUUUUUGGCCGUCGUGAUCAGCGAUCUUGCAGAAUGCCAGCCGGUGUCGCAUUACUGGCAAGUGCUGCCAGAUCCAGGACCGCAAUGCCGUCAGGGCUUUGCUCAACUCCUCACUAUGGGAGUAUCAAGUGCCAUCAUCGACACGAUUUUGGUUAUAUUUCCGGUUCCGAUUGUCCUCUCUACUAGGAUUGCCACCAAGCGCAAGGUCUUACUGGUCUUGCUGUUCUGCUUUGGCUUCUUAACCGUGGGUAUAACCGCCUACCGUCUACCAAACAUUGUACAAAACAAUGGCUCCCAAAUCACAAGAUCGAUGUGGGCUUCCAUAGAAUUGCUGGCAGCGACCGCCGUCGCCAACCUUGUAGCACUGGGCUCCUUCCUCCGAGAUAGCGGCGCGAAGAAGAAGCGGUUUCGUCACGACUACGGCACCAGCGGAGCUACAUCAUCAAACAGGAGGCAGGGUCAAAGCUCGCAUACCGGGCAUACAGGAGACUGGGAGGCGAGGAAAGGUGUUGAGCACGAUAGCCUGGAGAGCGACGAGUGGAUGUCUUCGGCGAAGGCAGAUGAUGGAGAAGCAGGCCGCCGAAAGAACACCGAUCGUCUAUCUCAAUCAAUGGGGACGAGAGGAGCUAGCCCAACUGAUAGCCAUGACUCGCUCAUCCAAGAAAACCAACGACCAUCCAACACUUCAGGUGUGUUGGGACUUACACACCCCAGACCGCCAAGCCCCGUCAUCCCUGCGGGAAGAACUGGUUUGCAACGAAGGUAG